CAGUAUGCCCAUAAGGCCCAUUCGAGGUAUACUUACGAGAGCGCACGAGCGACCCGAGCCGAUCCGCGCGGCAAAACGAGCGAGCGAGCGAGCGGAGAACCGAUCAGGCAGUCGAAGUGGGACCACGGAAAAUAAACGUGCAGAGGUGGGGGCCGAUUCAAGAAUCGAUGUGGACACCCUCGCCUACCAAAGUCAUUCACCUAACGGUCAUCGGCGCGUCAAGAGUCUUCAUCUUCUUCCGUUAUCCGGUCUCGCCAAUCGCGGGGACUUGCCAUCGCGUACGCCAUCGGUCGGUUCGCGACCUGUUGCGCGAAGACAGUCGCGACGAGGCGCGAGUCCGAAGAUACAGACAUUUCGGCUAAUCCGGAAUUCAUGACGGAAUUCUGGAACUGCCCGCGAAAAAGAAAAGUGAUUAUUUUUCGGAGACAUCAGUUUCGACUGUCGAAUAGUGCAUGACUGGAGUUAUUAAGUUUAUUGUGACGAGAGACUUUUUUUUUUAACGCAUACAUUCUAGUGAAAAUUGUUUUCUAAGUGUGACUGCAAUUUUGUGCCAUCUUCCCUCUACCUGCAGCCAGCUGGACAAUGAACAAAAUCUUGCAGAAUUCAAUAUCUUAUAAGAGGGCGAGUAGUGUCUCGAGAGACAUAGCCUCGGAAAGGUUGUGAUACAAUGGAAUGCUUCAUCUAAAAUCGAGUCGCUGCCGAAUGCUGUUUACAUAUCUGCACAACGUUAAUUCAUCGUAACGACAAAAAUGAACCAACAGUGCAAAGUGUGCGGUGAACCAGCGGCUGGCUUCCACUUCGGUGCAUUCACCUGCGAGGGUUGCAAGUCUUUCUUCGGACGGUCGUACAACAACUUGAGCAGCAUCGCCGACUGCAAGAACGACGGCAAGUGCGUGAUAAAUAAGAAGAACCGCACCGCAUGCAAAUCUUGCCGCCUGAGAAAAUGUCUGCACGUCGGGAUGUCCAAGUCCGGCUCGCGAUACGGUCGCCGAUCGAACUGGUUCAAAAUUCACUGUCUAUUGCAACAGCAGCAGACCCAAGAGCAGCAGCAGCAGCAGUUGGAGCAACAGAUGCAACAGCAACAGCAGUUGCAGCAGCGUCAACAGCAUCAGCAGCAACACUACCAACCGGCUAUUCUCAUGUCGCAUCAAUUGUCGCAACAGCAACGUAAUCCGGCGACCUCGCCUAUCCACGGCAUCCAUGGCAAUCAUGGCAGGGACGAAGCCUUGAUGAUGAGCGCGGACGACUACAAGACCUCCAACUCGCCCAACAUAAGCUCGCCUGAGUCCCACAAUAGCGACAGCUCCGUCGAUGUCUCCGAAAGGAGAGCGGCCUUCGCCGGGCAUCAUAGUAUUCGACCGCUUUCGCACUUGCCAGUUGAUUUGGCCGCUCUGAGCCUGCCUACAUUAAGCUUCCCACUUAGCAAUAUGUCGUUCCUGCAGUCAACCUUCCUCCCGCCACCCAAUCUCGCCAUGUUUUCGCCCUACAUGUAUCCGACGCACAGCGCAUCACCAUCACAUCCCCUCAUGGCGAGUCAUCCAUCCAGCAUACUGCAACGUUCGCCGGUGACUACGAGCGAUGAGAAUGACGAGCCCACGACCGCCACGACGUCGACCAUGACAACAACCGCGGCUACGACGACCGCGUUGAGAAUCUCAACGUCGUCAAACGACGACAAAGACUCUUACGAGAAAAAUAACAAUAACGACCGUUUUUGCCUGGAUAUGGUCCUAAAGAGUGAGCAAACGUCGGAGAGACCGCGGAAGAAAAUACGACUUUCCGGAGAUAACUCAGCCGAGUGUAGUCCGGAACGGGAAGUCGCCUGCCUACCACCGCAGGACGAUCCAAUAGAUCUCUCUAUGAAAACCGGCGCGACCACACCCGUUAGUGAUCAUUUGCAGAACGAGACAGACGAUGAGAUAGAUAACGUCAGCGAUGCAGAAAACUCGGUUGCGAAGAAACCGAUAGAUUUAACGACAAGAUCCUAAGAUCUGACUAUAAUUCGAAAGGACAAGAACGAUUAAGAUGAAAUGACGAUGUUCUUCUUUCUUUUUUAAUACACCUAUAUCCCUAUUGGGACAAAGUGUAUCACGCUUUAUUUAAAUUUACUCACGUACAGUUUCUCAGUUUUAUUUUAUUAAAAAAAAAACGGGGAUAUUUUAUAAUAAUAUCAUUUUUAACUUUACACGAAUAGUGCAAGGGAAAAAAAGAAUGUUUUUAAUCACAAUAUUCUCUUAUUACAAGGUUCCGUGUACACGAAUAGCUUUCACGUCGCGUAAUUGUCCUGUCGUUUAUAUGCACGAGAUCAAGUUGCGGAAUAAUCUAUAUGGAUUAGCUUUUGAGAAAAUCGAAUUUGUGCCGUUUGAGACUAGAAAUGGUCAAAUUUUUGUGAUCUUCUUCACGGUCCUUCUCUAGUUUUAUAUAAUCGAGCGCUAUCGUUAUUGUGCGCUAACAACGAAAAUUAUAUUUCGAUACAUUCGAUAGAUAACGAACUAGGAAAAGUUUUGUUUAUGUCGAUUAAAUCUUUAAGUAACGAAAUAAAAUAGUUUACAUUGCUGAGGCAUUUGCGUCGGUAUUUAUAUUUCUGUUAGCGAGAGAGAGAGAGACAGAGAGAGAGAGAGAAUUUCACUUAAUUCUAUACGUAUAAUACUGAAAUUUAAAGCAAGCAAACCAAGAGAAACAGCUUUAAAGAAUGACUGUUCCAGUUUAAUAGAAAAUUUUAGUUAUAUCUUUUAAAGGAAAUCCUAGUUCACAAAUUUCUAUAUCAUAUACAUAUACACAUAUAUAUACAAUAAAUAAAUAUAU